AUGGCGAAGAGCUGGUUUAUGGUUGAGAAGGCGAGACGAUGCUUGCGGACGGUGUUCUUCAUGGUUGCGAUGUUGGCUUCGCUGCUCGUUUCGUCGUUGCCGUUGCUCGUAGCUAUAGGGGAUGUGCUUGUUCCGAGCUUCUUGUUGUCUAGCUUUACUUGCCUGACGUGCUACGGCGCCAAAGAGCAUCUGAGCCGAUACGGUUUCAAGCGAUCCUUGACUGAUAUUCCCAUCGUCUCCGUCGUCAGAUCUUUCCUUGUCAUCUGUGUGUAUUCACUCUCGGACGUUCCGGGACUCUCGCACGGUCCUUACCUGGGAUUUGUAUCUUUGUGUUCUGUAGUUUCCGUUCUGCUUCUUUCAGUAAAAGCAUGCCUUUUCACUGUAAAUUCUCAACUCAACAACGAAGCCUCCUUCUCUCCAUCUAGGCAACGGCUCCACCUGAAGAAGUCGUGGGGGAUGCCGGUUUUGUUCCUCUCGUCUGUGGUUUUUGCACUUGGUCAUACGGUUGUAGCAUACAGGACAAGUUGCAAAGCAAGGAGGAAGAUUUUGUAUCACAGAGUUGACCCUGAAGCUGUUCUUUCAUGCAAAAACAUCUUCUCUGGCCACCAGAAAGUGCCACGGUCUCCGACUCCUUUGGUUGGGAAGCCUUCCAAGUUUGAUGGGGAAGCAAGGCGGAAGCCUUUGUGCCACGAUGAAGGAGAGCUUCCAGUGAGGUUGCUUGCUGAUGUUGACAGUUUGUUCAUCACAAUCCGAGGGCUCAAUGUGCAUUACAAGCUUUGUGCACCUGGUUCACCUCAGCAGUCAAAUGUUCUGGAAGCGAAUUCUAGCUACAACACGCCGGAGACAAUGGGAGGAAGGUUGAAGUUUGACAGGAAAGUUAUGAGCAUGGCAGCGAAAAGCCAGCAUCACCAUCACCACAGAAGCUACAGCAGUCUGUUUAACAAUUCUUCCUUGCAGGACCCUCUACUUGAUGGUUCUCCUACUUCUCCUCUUCUCUUCAAAGAAAUUGAGGAAGGGACAGGUCAAGAGGAUGGCAUGAAUGUGUUCAGUUUUGGGGCUGAGGAGCAAGAACUGGAUAAGAGUGGUCAGUUUGGUGUGGUUUUGGUUCAUGGAUUUGGGGGAGGAGUGUUUUCCUGGAGGCAUGUGAUGGGUUCACUGGCUAAUCAGCUUGGCUGUGUUGUCACUGCUUUUGAUAGGCCUGGUUGGGGAUUAACAGCCCGGCCACAUAAAAAUGAUUUUGAGGAAAGACAGCUGCUCAAUCCUUACACACUUGAAAAUCAGGUAGAGAUGCUUCUUGCUUUCUGUCAUGAAAUGGGGUUCUCUUCAGUAGUAUUUGUUGGCCAUGAUGACGGAGGUCUGCUUGCUCUGAAAGCUGCACAAAGAUUGAUAACAACAAACGAUCCCAUCAAAGUCGUGGUCAAAGGAGUGGUUUUGCUUAAUGCUAGCUUGUCAAGGGAAGUAGUUCCAGCUUUUGCAAGAAUACUUCUGCAUACAUCACUAGGGAAGAAGCACCUUGUUCGCCCUCUUUUACGCACUGAGAUAGCUCAGGUGGUGAAUCGUCGCGCUUGGUACGAUCCUGCCAAGAUGACAACAGACGUCCUAAGGCUAUACAAGGCCCCACUACACGUAGAAGGCUGGGAUGAGGCACUUCAUGAGAUAGGCAGGCUCUCAUCUGAGAUGGUGCUUGCGCCUCAAAAUGCAGCUUCCCUUUUGAAGGCUGUGGAAAACCUUCCGGUAUUAGUCAUUGCUGGAGCCGAAGACGCUCUUGUGCCGUUAAAGUCUUCCCAAGCAAUGGCUUGUAAACUCCUAAACUCUAGGCUAGUAGCAAUCUCAGGAUGUGGGCAUCUACCACACGAGGAGUGUCCCAAGGCGCUUCUUGCAGCCAUCUCGCCUUUCAUCACUAGACUUGUACUUAGGCCAGAUCUCCAUAGUCAAUAG